AUGGAAGCUGUUACAUUAGACCAAGGUGGGGUUUUUUUCCUGUAUGGGUUUGAUGGAACAGGAAAAACACAUUUAUGGAAAAUUUUGUCUGCUGUCAUUCGUUCUAAAGGACAAAUUGUGUUAAACGUGGCCAGUAGUGGUAUAGCUGCUCUUUUAUUGCCUGCUGGAAGAACAGCUCAUUCACGAUUUGGAAUUCCUUUAAAUCCAGAUGAGCUAUCUACUUGCAAUAUGCAUCCAGGAUCAGAUUUAGCUGCAUUAGUGGCUGAGGCCUCAUUAAUCAUUUGGGAUGAAGCUCCUAUGAUGAGUAAAUUUUGUUUUGAGAGUUUAGAUCGGAGUAUGCGUGAUGUUAUUCCUAGGCAUAAAGAUAAACUUUUUGGUGGAAAGGUUGUUGUCUUUGGUGGUGAUUUCCGACAAGUCUUGCCUGUUAUAACUGGUGGUGGAAGAGAAGAUAUCACAAGGGCAUCUCUAUGUUCUUCUUAUCUAUGGGACGAGUACAUUGAUGCAAGUGUUGCAGAAGAAAUCAAAUCUUUUUCUGAAUGGAUUCUUCGGGUAGGCGAUGGAUUUGAAGAACAAAACGAUCCUAACUUUUUCCAGGAAAGUGCAAUUUUAUGUCCAACUAAUGAUGAUGUAUGCGCGAUUAAUGAUUACAUGAUGUCUGCUCUUCGAGGUGAAGAGAGAGUUUAUCUAAGUUCAGAUUCUAUAGAUCCAUCAGAUACUUCCAAUCAUGACAGUAGUGUUUAUACUCCAGACUUUUUGAAUAACAUAAAGAUUUCUGGUUUACCUAAUCAUUGUAUAAAGUUGAGGGUCGGAGCACCUGUCAUGUUGCUAAGAAAUAUUGAUCCCAAUAGUGGGUUAUGCAAUGGAACCAGGCUUCAAGUGACUCAACUAGCUGAUCACAUCAUUGAAGCAAUUGUGUUAACAGGGCAUACACUCGGUCAGAAAGUCUAUAUACCUAGAUUGUCUGUUUCACCUCCUGAAGGCAAGUUCCCUUUCAGAAUGAGACGGAGACAAUUCCCAUUGAUGGUCUCAUUUGCUAUGACCAUCAAUAAAAGUCAGGGACAAACACUCUCAGGUGUUGGUUUAUAUUUGCCUAGACCUGUUUUUUCACAUGGUCAGUUGUAUGUUGCUCUAUCCAGAGUUAAGUCUAAAGCAGGGGUAAAGGUUCUCAUUGUUGACAAAGAAGGCAAUCCACAGAAACAGACCAUGAAUGUUGUCUUCAAAGAAAUAUUCCAGAAGCUUAUCAAGUAG